GAGAGGGUGAGGCAGGGAGAGAGAGCGCGCGCACUGCCGCUGGAUGCUAUAAGGCGCGCAAAGCGGCUCUGCAGAGACUCAGAGCUGAAGUUGCUCUCAGCACGUGAGUGUGAAUGACCGUGAAACCGGCAGGCUGACAGACACGGCGGCGGCAUCUGCAGCUCAAUGAAGCGCCAUGAAUCACAGAGCGGAUUUGUGAAUGAAGACUGGGAGCGGAAACGUCGUUCCAGCUGCGCAGCAUGACGCGAUCAUCGCGAAGCGGCUGAUCUGAGAAGCGGUUUUCAUUCAUUUUUCCACUUUUAAUUGGAACUAGGAGGGAGGCUGGGAAGAUUUCUGGUGAAUGCUAAAUGGCCAUAUUGUGACUGGUUACUGAUCAAAGACAAAACUGAAGUAGUUUCGCUGAAAUGUCCCGCUAUGCCUCAUUUGGAGACGUGGGUGCGUAAAGGACGUUUUGCUCCGGUGCCAUUGCGCGCAGCCAUGCACACAGCUCCAGGCUGCGCUUAGUCUGACCUCCGUGCGUUAUGCUGAAUGGACCGACCUUCCGUGGCCACGACCCGAUGCGACUCGUCGACCCGUGGCACCUUCCGCAACUGAUGUCCCUGGAGGACCAUGAGCCUACCAUGGUGGAGGGGACCCUGGGGCCCCGCAACACCACGCCCGCAGGGGAGGAAGGGGCCCCGGGUCAGCAGCACCAGUCUUUCCCCUGGGUGGUGACCUUGCUGGCGGGCGUCCUCAUCACGACCAUCGUGGUGGAUGUUAUCGGGAACCUGCUGGUCAUCGUGUCCGUGUUCAGGAACAGGAAACUCAGGAAGGCAGGAAACGCCUUUGUUGUGAGCCUGGCCCUUGCUGACUUGGUGGUCGCCAUCUAUCCCUACCCGCUGGUUUUGACGGCCAUCUUCCACGACGGCUGGAUCGCCGGCUACAUCCACUGUCAGAUCAGUGGCUUCCUCAUGGGCCUCAGCGUCAUCGGCUCCAUCUUCAACAUCACAGGCAUCGCCAUCAACCGCUACUGCUACAUCUGCCACAGCCUCAAGUAUGACAAACUCUUCUCCAACAGCAACACCAUGUGCUACGUGGUGCUUGUGUGGGCGCUCACCAUCCUUGCCAUCGUGCCCAACUGGUUCGUGGAGUCGCUGCAGUAUGACCCACGGGUCUACUCCUGCACCUUCGCCCAGUCGGUCAGCUCGCUGUACACCAUCACGGUGGUGGUGGUGCACUUCAUCCUGCCCAUCGGCAUCGUCACCUACUGCUACCUGCGCAUCUGGAUCCUGGUCAUACAGGUGAGGCGGAGGGUCAAGCCGGACUCGCGGCCAAAAAUCAAGCCGCACGACCUCCGCAACUUCCUCACCAUGUUUGUGGUGUUCGUGCUCUUCGCCGUCUGCUGGGCGCCGCUGAACCUGAUCGGCCUGGCGGUGGCGCUGGACUCCAGGCUGAGCCGGGCCAUACCGGAGUGGCUGUUCACGGCCAGCUACUUUAUGGCAUACUUCAACAGCUGUCUCAAUGCCGUCGUCUACGGCGUCCUGAACCACAACUUCAGGAAGGAGUACAAGAGGAUCGUUCUGAUCAUCUUCAAGUUCCACUGCUGAAAUGAAGCGCUUAGAACAGAGGCUACAAAUAGGGUUUAUUUUCACUUAAAUGACAAGAAAACACCAUUAAAAAGCCAUGAGAAAGAGAAAACGAAGAACUUGACCUUGACAAAGAGAAGAAAACAGGACUAAUGGAAGGAAAAUAAAACAAAUAAGGAGCUGUGGCAGAGGAAAAUAAGAACACUUUGAGUGAGAAAAAUAGAAGAACUUUAAUAGCUGGAGGAGGAGAGGUGGAGGGUGGAGACGAAGCGAAAUAAAUGAGGCCACACUGAGUUAUCAGUGAUGCCUUCAGGGAAACUGAGAGACUUAAAAAAUGCAGAAAGGGAGGCAGAGACCAGAAUUUGGGAGAAACUCCUAACUUAGUAAUGUGUUUCUUCACGACUUUCUUUGCUAAUGAAGUCAUGAAUUACCGUUGAUGAGUUGUUACUUAUGUUUUUAACCAACUUCCUACUUCAAUUCGAUGUUGGGUUCUGAAAACGUUGUGAUUCUUUCAUUGGAUUCAUUUUGAUGCAUAACAUCCUUUGUGAACUAGAUUCGAGGCAGAAAUCCUCCAAUACUGUGAUUUUUUAAAAGGCCUGUUUCUGUUUCCUGAUUGUUUACUGAAGACAAAAUGACAAAGAUGAUGAAAGAACAAACAAACAGGUGCUUCUGGGAGAUUUGAGUAGUGUAUUGAAGUAAGAAGCAAUUGAAGAUGCUACAUUUCGAACACUGACAUCUAACAUGAACUCCAAUAGGAGCCGAGAGUCUUCUUGGCUGCUUAUUUACAGUAAUUACUUGGAUAUUUUAAAUUCAAUAUGAAUUAUUUUUGAGCACUGAGCCAAGAACAGUGAAAGACAAAAAGGGAGAAAAGGAUGAAGGACUUCGACCAGUGACUCUCGGACCUGAAAUGACUUGAUUAGAUUCACAAGCACAAAGAUAUUAAAAAAAACAAGUAAAAAUUCCACAGCAGUGAUUUGAGAGGUUUCGAGACAAUUCUCUCCUUUAUAAAUGCCGGAAAAUUCUUUAUAAAAGAAUGGAUCUAUGAUGUAAUUUCAUAGCCUGCACACCUUGUUCUUCCACGAUCAUGGGAAUUACAAGCAACAUUGUGUUCUGUCCAUGAACCAGUCAAGUAUUGUGACGGUGCUGGUAAUCAAUGGAGCUGCCGUUAGACAUGCUGUACCAACCAUAAUCCCAACUCCAUACAUUCAAAUCAACACAAGAAAAACUGGAUACCUUCUGAUUGUGAGAUGAAAAGAAAGGAAAGCAGUCAGUUUGUCUAACAAGAUCCACACUGCGAUGAUACUGUGCACAUGAAAAAAGCUUUUUCAAGCUCUAAGUAAGUUCACUAAGAUUCAAACAUUUCCUCUUAUGAGGAUGGAAUCAAUGUGGAAGAACCUUAAAGUGUACAUGGACAGACUGCCACUAGUUGCUGGCUUGAAAAAAAAAACCCUAAUUGAUGUCAUUCACAGUUCAGCAGUUAAUUCAUUAGGGUUGCUGUUACUAAACUGGUGCCGGCUAAUAGAUGUGCUGUAAAAUAUGGCUUGGCUAAUAGGGAUAGAAGGCUCAGAAAGCUGCCAUUUAGUUCACCAGGGUGUCUGUAAUAAAUAAAUGAAUCAGACAAAUGAUCAGAUGUGAUCCCAGUCCAGGUUGCAGAGAGCAGAAAGUGCGCAUGUGCCAAAUUUAGACAUCGCAAAUGGACAUAUCAAAAGUUAGGGUUAUGGUUAGGAUUAGAGAAGUGACUUUUUGGAGCUAGUAUGAGUUUUAGCUAUGACCAGUUCUUUAGUUUCAGCUGGUCAUCCAGAAUGGGGUUUGUCAAUAACACUGCCCGUUCCUUUAAACUUUUUAACCACCUUCACCACCAUGGAAAAGCCAAGUGGAAUUCUACUUGGAUGGCGUGAAUUAAAUUCAUCUACUAUCUUUCAAUAUGUCCAUCCUUCACUUCCACAAGUUCAAGCAUUUCUGCUGUUGACAAAGAAAAACAAAUUAUGAGAUUCCCCAUGCGUCCAGACUUUAGGGACACCCUGUGGUUACGGGGCAGAAAUUGGUUCAUAGAAGUUCAGCAGAAUGCAUCAAAUGGAGUGUUUGAUGCUCAAAAUUUCCCAAUAGAAGCUCACACCACCAAAUAUUCCAGCAAAACCAAAACCUACUCCCCUGGUCCAGAGUGACGGGUGAAAUAGCUACAAUGCUGCUGACCACAAGCCUCGCUAUGCUCACCUUUACGUACAUACAUGCAAUCUGUGGGUUAUUCUUUGUGCCUCAUGCGCAAUGAGUUCUCAUGCAAAAUCAGCAAACAGUGCCCAACAGUGUCUAAUAAGACACACAAACUGCUAUAACAGCCUCUAAUUUAUCCCUUUCUCCACUUUGUCACAUUUCAUUGAGAGAAGGUAAGAAGGAAAAGAUGUGUUGAUUGAAUUUUCAAGGUUUAUUGAUAAUUACUAGCAUAAAACUGCUGGUUGAAACAAAUCAACAGCAGCAAAACUUUAAUUGGUACUUUAGAAGCCCGCAAUGACUCAAAGCUAAAGACUUGGACUGGACUUUUAGUGCCAACUUCUGAAACUAUGACUUGGAAAACAAAAACUCUUCACCACCUCCGGAGUUGUUCCUCUCUGCUGAAAGCUGUGUUGCUUUGUUCCCCCGAGGCACCGACUUGUUUGUCCUCCAGGACAGUCUCGCCUCGUCGCACGACCGCCUCCUUAUACCUGGGACACGAACACGCACAGUUGUGAAGGAUUCUGUGCUUCUGCUGCAUCCUGCUCUAAUCCCAUCUGAACAUGUUUCCUCACAGGCGUGUCUGCGUGCUCUAAAACGAGCAGAAACAGGAGGAUAGAAACACGGUGUCGCUGCCAUUCAGAAGCAAUACUGUGUCCUCGUUCAUUCAGACUCCUAGCUUGAGCUCCCAAAACACACAAAAACUCGACAGCGCUCGCUCACUGCGCUCAGCUCCCGCCCAGCAGCGAGCGCAUCUACUUUACCCUUCAAAUCUGAAUAUAAAUCACAAGAAUUACAAGCAAAAAAAAAAAAAAAAUGCAAGAGAAAAUAAAAUGUUGAAUAUAAAUAAUUAAAUUGCAGUUGUUCUGAACGGUAUUCUGACCACAUCACUGUGUUUCACACUCCUGGAAAGUGGAAGAUUAAUAUAGCCUGUGUAUGAAUAAGCGGAGUGCUGCUGCUGCUGUGAUAAUCUGCCUGUGCUUCAGACCCAUUUUAAUGAGCUCACAGUGUGUGUGUGUGUGUGUGUGUGUGUGUGUGUGUGUGUGUGUGUGUGUGUGUGUGUGUGUGUGUGUGUGUGUGUGGAUCCAGCUGCUCUGGGAUCAGUUCUUCCCCAGUUUCAAGGUCCACUAAGGGUUCUUAAACUGGCAACAGGGCCAGCUGUUGGAAGUGUGUUUAUGCCUUCGCUCCAUUUCCGUGCCAAAAUGUUGCCAUUUCCAAACCUAGUUAAGAAAUUUAAAUUUAAAGAGAAAUGCUCUUUAGUUUCAAUCCGUGAGCACUAGCUGGGUAAUUUACAGCUAAAACAACAUCGUAACAUAUGAAACUGAAUUUGGGAAGUUUAUAGGACAGCUUGACAGGCGCUAGCUGAUGGACUUUGUUACCGCUGGACAUGAGUCAGAUCAGUUUUAUGCCAAGCUGCUCUAACCAGCAUCAAUCUCAUUUCAGCAAGAAAGUGAAAGAUAUUUAACAAAUAAAUGUCAACUUGUAUUUUUAACUGAUUAACUAAGUCACUAAGGAGACACUACAGGUGAAUAAGGUGAAGAAAAAGUUAAACUUUCCCAGUGUAUUACUUACAUUAUUGUUUUGUAUUACAAGUUUUAUGUGAUGGUAUGUUUAAGUAUGCAAAUGAGCUGUUACAUCUGUAAAACUGCAUGCAUUUCUGGAACAGAAGUCUGAUCACUGGAUAAAGCCAUGUUUAAAGUUCAGUCAUAGGCUUUUAUAGAGGGGGUUUUUAGACGUCUCUUUAUCUUUCUCCAUAAAUUAGAAGAAAAUAUUAUUAAUAGAUAGGAAAAAGAAAUCCUUUUUUGUGAUGUUUUAACAAAUAAAAUGUUAUAUGAAGCAGGCUAUGAAUAAUAUAUGAACAAACCUCUUUGUAAAAUCCUCCAGAACAUAGACAGGAACUAAACAGGAAAUUUUGGUUGCUACUGAAAUUAGAAUAAUUUGGGGAAACUGCCUUUGAAGAUUUGUCUUGCAACGGGAAUCUACAGCCUCAAACAGCCAAAGUAUAAACACUGAGAUGUGAGUAUUUUUGGAUGUUUUCUUUCCAUUCCUCUGAAAUGUGACAUGAAAGCAAAAUAUCCAAAAUCUCAAAAUUAGCCGGUGCAUGAAAAAGCUGAUUUUGCCUACGGUGUCUGACCUUAACAUGGGAAUUCCAUCAACUCCAUAGGGUUGUCAUUUUUUCCGCUUAAAAACAUUGCUAAAGGACAUUUAUUUGUCGUCAUGACAAGUGUUAGAUAAAGUAGAUGAAGCUAGAGCCAGAUUAUGAUUAGAUUUACGUAACAUAAAGACUGGAAGCUGAAGGAAAAUGCUAACCUGAUGAUUUUGUUUUCUUUUUGUUGCCUAUUUCAUACAAAAAUGAGGCAAAACUUACAAUUUACACCUAUAGGGAACACUUUCCUGGAAGGGAGCUGUGACUUCCCAUGGAAACCAAAUGAAAUAGUGUAAUUAGUUAGCUUACAAAUAGCUAGAAAGUGGAUUUUGUUACCUUCACACAGAGCCAGAUGUGCAGUUUCCCUCCAUUUCCAGUCUUUGUGAUAAGCUAGGCUAACUAACUGCAACAUAAACAUACACGAGAAUCUAAAUGUUUGCAAGAAAGCAAGCAAGACAUUUAGACAUAUAGAUCGCAUGUAACUAUUACUUCAGUCUGUAUCAGAUUAUAUACUGAGUUAUAGUCAUGAAUUAUAAACCAAAGGAUCAAAAUUUUCCUAUCAGUUAAUGACCCCAGGGAUUGAAAGAAAUCAGUCUGAAGGCUGAAAAAAUGGUUUGUUUUUCUUUGAAAAUGAAAUAUUAAAUCAAAGAAUGAGCUCACAGUGUUGAAACCCACCUUCCUUGUGCAGAUAGAUGUGAAAUUACAUCCACAGGAGCUGCAGCCAUUAAAUGGACCCCUGGUGUGGGCUGGUUAGAAAAGCCAGAUGAGGACAGCAGCAGAUAUAAUUGGCCCACUGAGGACUGAAAAGUAUAGCAUCUGCCUUUCACCUGUAGUCGUGUGCAUCGAAAGAUCUCAUUUUUCUUCUUUUUAGUGCUUAAAAUCAAUGCAAUGAACUAAGCUUGUUGUCGUCUGUGUGUUUGGAGCAGUUAAAAAAAAGAAAAUAUAAUAAACAAUGUGUCUGUGUCUGUGGCUGAAGGCCAGCCAGUUGCAAUGGAAGCCAACAGUAAAUGAGAAUGUACCUGUUUUCCUUUCAUACGCUGUUUUGCACAUCGCCGUGGAGAAUGUUUCCUCUGAAUGUCUGUAAUGUUGAUGAGACAAAAGAAACCCACCAAGCCCCCGAAAACAUGUCUUAAUAAAAGAACGUUCACUGUGA